AUGGCUCGGCGUGACCCAGGUGCUUGGAAGGCGAAACACCUCGUUCUGUUUGUGGUCAUCGCCCUCCUGGUCACGAUUGCGGUUUCCAGCAUGAAUUGGGCCGUUGGAAGCAAACAUUCUCAAGAUUCUAAAUCGUCGAUGGAUCUUGAGACUGUUCUUGCAGGGCUGGAUGGUUCGUCAAUCUUGCCAGGCUCUCUUGAUCCAUCUAACACUAUCUCGGCCAGACCCUUGAGCUUUGUGUUUGACCCAGAUGGACUGUUCGUAUCUGAUGCUCGCACAGCCGGGCUAACAAUACCGUUCGACGAGCGAGCAUUUCUCGCAAGUCAAGACUGGGAUCUUCCAGAUGCUCAUGGCGUAUACGUAUUGUCUGUCUCUCAUCAGCUUUUCUGCAUCGACUUUAUUGGCAACGCACUCUUGCGGGAAGCCCCUGGCAGCGGAUGGCAACGUCAAGACUCGGGCAGUGACGAUAUCUUCCACCACUGCAUCGAAUACUUAACUCAGACUACCAUCUGUGCAGCAGAUCUUGCUUUGGAGAGAGCCACCAUCCACGUUGAUCCAGGGCCAGAACACAAGUGGCGCCCAAGCGGAGUUCUCACCAACAGUUCCACACAUCAGUGUCGCGAUCGACCAGAUAUCAUCGCUCCCAUCCUAGAUGUUAUCAUUCACAAUACUACAUUGAUGCAACCAGGCUACUGGCUGUAUGCACCUCAUUACGAGAGCAAGGUUUCAGCCUUGCCUGGCUUUCUGAACAACUCACAACUUCAGCAAGGUCCAUACAUCUACGACACAGAUGGAGAACUUGCGUGGAGCGGCACCCAUCUACACGAAUGGAGCUUUGUCAACGAUUUUAAAUACCACCCAUGGGGCGAAUUUUCUCUCUUGGAAGGUGGGACGCUGCGAACCAGCAGUCCUAGAGGAGCCGAGCCAAUGUUUCUCGGUCCAUCAUUGCAGAGGGUAUCGCGGAUGAGGAUGCCUAGCUCAGUCGAGAAAGUGAACCCUCAUGAUCUGCAGCUAUCAAACAGUGGUGAUACAAUAGUGGUCGAGAAGUCAAUUGCAGGUCCUAAGCCGCAAGAUGGAGGCUUCCAGAUGAUUGAAGACCACGUUUUCGAGAUCGAUCGUCACACAGGUGACGUCCUCUUUUCCUGGAACUCUUCCGAGCAUAUCCCAACACCGAAGCCGCGAGUGGUAGACCUAGAAGGCUUUGCCCAGAUUGUGGAGAUGCAUUUUCUACGUGUGAACUCUGUCGAUCGAACGAGCAGUGGCGAUUAUCUCAUUUCCGGCCGAGGCACUAACACAAUAUAUCUAAUAUCCGGUGUUGACGGUGCAGUGCUAUGGCGGCUGGGAGGAAAAGACAGCCCCUCAAGCGACUUCGAACUCCAAAACUUCACUUUCUCAGCGCAACACGAUGCUCGAAUGCUUCAUUUGAACAAUUCUGGCGUGACUACUAUCUCGUUCUUGGACAAUGCAUCCGAUGGCUAUGAGACGAGCGAGACGACGUCUGCCGGUUUUGUAGUUGCACUCAACCACAAGGACAAGACAGCUUCACUGCUGUCGCGGAUGAGUCGACCUGACGGUGGAAUAAGUGAUCGUAGAGGCAACGUACAGGCUCUUCCUGACAAGGGAUUCUCAAUUUGCUGGAGCCAACACGGCUGGGUGACAGAAUUCGACCGCGACGGACGGAACGUCGUUGAAGCACGCUUCAGAGAUGACAAUCUGUACACGUAUCGUGCUUUCAAAGUACUGGAGGCUGAUCUCAAGGCAAUUGCCUCUGCUGAACUUCCGGCUGUCAUCGCUUUCAAGCUCCAGAGCGACGAGCAUCGGGGCGGUGAUGCUUUCUCAUUCACGACAUAUGUUUCAUGGAAUGGCGGCUUUGGUGUUUCUAGCUGGAGAGUCUUUGGAUGCAUCGCCAUGCCCAGUCCGGGAAGCACUGGGGACUCUCAAGGUCUCUCUGAUUGCGAGGGUCAUUGGUCGUCAUUGACGAGUGCUCUUAGGCAGGAAUUCGAGACCCAACUACAUCACACGUCCGAGACAGCCAUCGCAUGGGUUUAUGUUGAGGGCCUGGAUGGGAGUGGAAAAUCUUUGGCUCAGAGUGAGCCGACCGCCAUUAGAAGUCUUGAGAUUGAGGGUGGACCGACGCCAGUACAGGAGCACCAGCAAGCGAUGCCGCUAAUAUCCAGUGCCAUCCAAGAUGGCAAGUCUCAAGAUGGCAAGUCAACUAUAUUGACUAGCCAAGCAACGGCGUCUAUUCAAGCAGAGAGCCCUCAAUAUCGGAUCCACGGCCUUUACGUUCUUUCAAAGACGCCUGACCCACGUUUCGUGAGCUGGAUUACAUGGCUCCUGGUCUUGUGGUGCACCGUGAUGGCGAUCACAUCUAUUAUCUGCCUCAUUUGUUGCCAAUUCCAUGGCAAAGUUGCACGAGAGUCAACGAGGUCUUGA